UCUAUCCACACAUCUCCAUCCCGCCUGCCAUCAACUGGUUGGGAUCUCGGAGAAUCACAGAAAACAGAACGAAAAUGGAGUCUCUGAUUUUGGUUCCAUCUAGUAGGCACGUUUCAAUCACUAAUUCUUCUGCGUUUUCCUCCGAUUUUUCGGUUCAAUUCACUUCUAGAAAGCGCGGCAUGAACUUCCGAGCUUCUUCUCCGCAGAUUCUCCCUUGCAAUGUCUUUCUGGAGCGAUUAACUCCGAGGUCUUAUAUUCGGUACGGGCCACCGUAUGGUGAUCAAGAUGACGAUCCUGAAGAGCAGGUUGAAAGCCUCAGGGUUCCUGAUGCUUGGUCGGUCCCUUCCAAGGCAUUAGAGGAAUCAGAAUGGCUUAGGGUUACCCUGCACAAAUGGCUGGACGAAGAGUACUGUCCAGAGGAAACUAAUGUAGAGAUAAGCAAAGUUGCUGCAAAAUCAUACUACAAUUCUUUGUUAGAGAAGAGGACAGAGCUAGCCGAUAUUUUGUUGAAUAUGGCAAGAGAAUUGGAAUCUAUUUCAUAUAAGGAAAGUUUUCAUGGUGCAUUCUCUUCUGCCAAUGCAGCAGUGAACUUAAUUGCUCAAAGAAUAGAGUUGUCUUGACUGUUUCAUCCACAUUUUUUCAAAAUCCUGCAAGUUUGGCUCGAAGACCUCAACUCUUGUCUUGAAAAAGGUAUAGCACUUUCAGAAAUGCUUUCAACUGGUGGUGGCUGGAAGGCAAAGCUAGAAUUUGUUAGAGAAGUGCUAUUAGCUAGGGUAUCUAUUAGUCGUUCAAAGAUACUCGUGUACACU